UAUUAUAUAAAGUUUGUUCCGAUUGACAAAGUUACAAAAUAUGUUUCACCUUCAACCAUGACUGGUCUCAGAAUUACAGAGAAAAACGUUUUGUACGUGGUGGUUUUAAUGAGUCUAACCACUGGUAACUUUGCAACACGAGAAUUGUUCAACGAAGGCUUCUGGUAUUUCAAUGGCUUUGAAACAUUGAAAUCAGAUAAUUUCACUGAAUUUUUCCUGGCCACUGUUUCGAGCGACUCUAAUCCAUACAAUUCUGGUCCAAGCCAAAUUUCUGUGAACAGCUCGACUAAAUUUCUGGCCAUACAUACAUCACAGUUUAGUUUGUUGUUAGAUUUGUGGCCACCACAGUCUGUUAUUCAUCCCUCUGCUAAAGUUGUCGUCAGCGAUAAAAAUAAUGAACAUGAAGAAAACAUUCGGUUCGAACCAGAAUGUUUCUUGUCUGGAAAACCUCAAUUUGGAAGAGGAAUGGUGUCACUCUCUUAUUGUAACGGUUUACACGGAAUAAUUGUUACCAAUGGCAGUGACUAUCAAAUAAUUGCUCCUCGUUCAACUUGUGCUGAAAACAUUUAUUUGAUUGCAAGACGGGCAUCCAGUAAUCUGAUGCAACAAGUAAACAAAAUGGAAGAAGCGAGAACAACACAUGAAAAGUUAACGAUAGAAUUGGCUUUAUUUUAUGACCAGUCUGUAUACAAUUACUUGGAAGAGAAAACGAACUCUAAGUCUUUGAAAGAAAAACUACAAUAUCUUGUGGCUGCAUGGAAUACGGUUCAAUAUGAGUUUAAUAAAGAAAACCAACUGGGAUAUUCGAUAAAACUAAUCAUUAAGUAUAUCAAUAUUUUUAGAGAAAAUCCAUCUUGGUACAAAACAAACAGUUUCGCGCUGGCUCUACGAAGUGUUUGUGUUUGGGCAGAGGAAAGGAAACUCAACUAUGAUCACAUACACAUCGUAACUAAUAGCAAAAAUAGCAACCUGCUCGGCCUUGGAGGUUCUGGAGGAAUUUGUGGUGGCGGUAGAUGUGCAAUUUCCAAAUCAAUCAAGUGGGGAGACUACGACACUUUAAGUCAUGAAAUAGCUCAUGGUAUUGAUAUUCCUCAUGACGGUCAUCCCAAUUGUGCAAAUUAUACGGGAAGAAGUGGUGUAAUGGGCGACAGAAACACUGGAUGGAGCGUCUGCGCAGCAAAAUACUUCGAAAGAUGGUUAAAACGUGGUAAAGGCAAAUGUAUGCAAGAAGAAAAUGUUUCCGUCAGCGUAACCAAAGGAAAGACUCAUUCCAUUGUAGAUACUUUUGGUAGCGGAUUACUACCUGCAACAUACACGACUCCGGAUGAUUACUGCCGGAUUAGGUACGGCAAAGGUUUCUCUUAUAUUGAUUUAUAUCCGAAAUAUAAAUGUGGAAUAAUUUCGUGUGCCUACUUGGAAAAAGGAAACCAGUAUGGGCGAAUUAGAAUCGACACGGGAGGGACAAAUGGUCUUUCCUGCGGGCCACAAAUGGUUUGCCGUCCAAAUAAGCGUUGUGAGAGUUUGAACGAAACUAAUUUCUGGGCAUCAGCUCCUGUGAUAACAGGUGGUUGGAGUGCAUGGAGUUCUUAUUCACCCUGUGAUCGAAAGUGUGGAACAGGCGUUACAUUGUCCACACGACAAUGUAACAAUCCCAAACCAGUUGGAACUGAAUGGUGCAGAGGAAGCAGUGUCCGAGCCAAAUUGUGUAAUACCCAUGUACGUACUAUUAUAAUACUAUAUAAGUCAUGUGUCGCUUAUACUGUUUGACUAGCAUAUUAUUAA